AAGUUUACAAACAAACCUUCUCAAAUUGCCCGCCUUCUGCUCUCUUGAUUCUCAUUGGUCGCUGGCGCAGUUACCACGGCGAUACUGUAGCAACGCCUAUCGGCACUCCUCCCUUUUGUCCAAUUAUGGCAGCCGCGUUGGCGUGUGUGGUUUCUGAUUGGUCGAAGUGUGGUUGACGUCAUGCAGCUCUGUUGUCGAUGAAGCGCGCGAUGUAAAGGCGCAACCGCGAACAUAGCAUAUAUAUAUGAUUGUUUUGACGUAUUUGUGUAAACACAGAUAAACAGCCAACGGUCACUAAUCCACAAACAGCAACGAAGAGAUCUGCUCUUAUGUUACCGGUUCGUGUCCGUGCAGGUGUCUCAGAUGAUGGUUCUGGACGGGUUCGGGUUCUGCGGGAAGAGUCUCAGCACGGCUGCGGCUCAGGGGAAUGUGGACUCGGUUCGGCGGAUUCUCCAGGAUCACCGGGUCGAACCGGACACGCUCAAUGAGUUCGGGAAAACCGCACUACAGGUGAUGAUGAUGGGCUGCACCAGUGUGGCGUGUGUGUUACUGGACCACGGCGCUGACCCAAACGUCCAGGACCGCUGCGGCGUGACCCCGGCGCACGAUGCGGCCCGCACGGGGUUCCUGGACACAGUGCGAGUUCUGGUGGACUACGGCGCCUCAGUCAAUGUUCCCGACCACAGCGGCGCGUUACCCAUCCACAUCGCCAUCCGCGAGAGCAACUGGGACGUGGUGGAGUUCCUGGCCCCGCUGUCAAACCUGGGCCACCAGGACAACACAGGGUCCAAACCGCUGGACGUGGCCCGGGACGCCUGCGCUCCGGAGAUCGUGGAGCUGUUAGAGCACCUGAUGGCGAGCAGUUCGAAUUGAAGAA